UAGCUAAAGCACCACGUGCGACCGCAUUUUGGUUCGAGGGACUCGUGAAUCACUGGAAACUUUGGAACUUGAAACAAUGUUUAAUGAAACAGCAGAAUCACGCAAUUUGGUCCGUUUGGUAAAACAUCUAAAGUUGUUUCGAUCUGAGAAGCUCGAGGCUCUUUUACUCAGCAAGUAAAAACAAAAAGCUUUUAUUGUGAAAUAAAACCCACAGGAAGUCGCUCCUGAAAUCAUCGGAAGUGCUCGGACAUUCUCGGCUUCACUCGGUUUAUUUUCAUCCCACCCCCCUCCGUAGCGGAGCGAAAUAAGCCCGGACCUUGCAGAGGUUGGACCAGCCCAACCGGGACUCAGCGGUACCGGGAUAGUCCGGCACUGGGAGGUGAAGCGGAACCGACAUCGCCGCGGUUCUGGUUUCGGAAACGCACCCAACUGCAGGUUCAGCUGCGUCCUGCCGCCAGAAACAUGUACCAGGUCCAGCUGGCAGGUGAGCAGCAGGAAAGCCGCCCCCUGCUGAGCCCCUCCGUCGAUGACUUCCUGUCGGAGAGCCGCACUGACUCUGCAUCCAGCCGACUUGAGACCUCAAACACAGCAAUUCUGUCCACCACUCUGGACCUGUUGGACCUCGGUGAGAGCAGCAGCACCAACAAGACCUUCAGGAGGCGGAGCCCUCUAAAGAGGCUGGGGAGCUGCAAGAGUCCUGGCCACAGAAACAGAACCGAGGAGACAGAGCUGACCCAGGUGGAGGGACCAGCUCUUCCCAGAACCCCUGAAAGGAUCUCUUUGAACUCAGUCCGUCUGUCGUCUCCUCUGGACAAGUGGGACGAGGUCCACCAGGAGGUCUCAGAGGACAGAAGGUUCAGGAGGAGAUGUGGGACAGGAUGCACCUCCCACCACUCGUCAAGUGAACUGCUGUGGUCUGCAGAGUUUAGAACCGUUCCUCUGAAGAAGAACACCUUUGAUGUCCACAGCUUGGACGACCUGGACUUCAUGUCUUCUACACAGGACUGCAGUGUGUCGAGACAUCGAAGACGGACCCGAUCUCUGCUGGUCAGAAACGAGUCUUUGGAGGACGAGUUCGUCCGAGCCAAGGCUGCGGUUGAGUCAGACACGGAGUUCUGGGAUAAGAUGCAGUCAGAGUGGGAGGAGCUUGCUCGGAGGAACUGGCUGGAGGAGUCAGAUAGUCAGAGGCCAGCCCUGCCCGCUUUCUCACCUGUAGAGCAGGGUUUCUGCUUCAGCACCAACAACCCUUUCAGGGACCAGCCCAACGUCUUUGCCGAGGCUCAGGAGAAGGCUCGAGAGGGAGACCUGAAUACCACCGUCCUGCUGCUGGAAGCUGCCAUCCUGCAAGACCCGCAGGACGCUGAGGCAUGGCAGCUGCUGGGAAUGACUCAUGCAGAGAACGAGAACGAGCCAGCUGCGAUUGUGUCCCUGCAGAGGUGUCUGGAGCUCCGCCCCCACAAUCUGCCAGCCCUCAUGGCACUCGCCAUCAGCUUCACUAAUGGCGGUGCACAGCAAGAGGCCUGUGGCGCUCUGCGACGCUGGAUCAGCCACAACCCACGAUACAAAGACCUGGUCCAGAGAGACUUGCUACGGGGUUCCCCACUGACCCCACGCAGGGGCCCCCACCGCUCCACCCUAACCAGCACAGAGCUGCAGGACCUGCUGCAGCUCUUCCAAGAAGCGGCUCUGCUGAAUGUGGACGGUGUGGACCCAGACCUGCAGACUGGACUGGGAGUCCUCUACAACCUGGUAUCAGACUAUGACAGAGCUGUGGAGGCUUUCAGCGCCGCACUGUCCGUCAGGCCGCAGGAUUACCUGCUGUGGAACCGUCUGGGGGCGACACUGGCUAACGGCAACCGCUGUGAGGAGGCAGUUGAGGCGUACACACAAGCACUGGAGCUGCAGCCUGGAUUCAUCCGGUCCAGAUACAACCUGGGCAUCAGCUGCAUAAACCUGGGGGCCCUCAGAGAGGCCGUCAGUAACUUCCUCAUGGCUCUUAACCAGCAGAGGCAGAGUCAGCCCUGCAGCCAGCACCAGAUGUCUGACAACAUCUGGGCCGCUCUGCGGAUUGCCCUCUCCAUGCUGGACCGAACUGAGCUGUUCCAGGCUGUCGGCACACGGGACCUGGACCAACUGAUGGGGGCGUUUGAGGUGGAUGAUGUGUGAGCAAUGUGUAUGUUCUGGUUCUGCGGAAACCAAAGACACGAGGAUGGUCCAAGGCAAAACCCUUUAUCUACUCAUAACUUAGUUUCAGACCUCCUAUGCUUUUGAAGUCCAGAACUGUUCCCAGAUCAGGUCUAAAAGCUUCAGUUACAGCUCUGUCCAUCAGACUGUAGGUCUAUUCCAGUAGUUUGUAGCUCCACCCAUUACAUUAUAAGUCUUCAUCAGAUUACGGUACCGUUUUUUAUGCUAUCAGUACAGGACCUGCUAAGGAUAACUGUCAACAGCGCAAUCCUGGCCACAGUUAAACACUACAUUCAAUAAAAACAAAGGUUUUAAAUAAUACAUUUAUUAUGAAGUUGAGUUAACAAACAAUGAAACAUGCCAGCACUGUCUCUUUUAGUGCUGAAAUAACUCUUUGCUAAUGUUACUAGCAUUGUUUUCUCACUUCAGUUUAUUUAUAAAGCACCAAGUCAGGACCAGAGUCAUCUCAAGGACCUUCACAUAGUAAACUAUCCAAUACAGGUCAGGUCAUUAAGCCAAUCAGUAAAAAGUUUCCCAUAUAAGGAACCCAGCAGGUUGCAUCGAGUCACUGACUAGUGUCAGAGUCUUUACAGCAAUAGUGAAUCUAUAAUUAAACGGGUAAACUAGUAGUAGCACAUUCAAUGUCAAAGAGAGUCAAAUGUUAUUAUCAGGAGAAGGAGAAUGUUUAAGUGGUUAGCAGCAGUGUGCUAGCUGAUGGCCCCCUCCAUGAGGCCACCAAAACUAAGCAGAACAAUUCAAUUCAAUUUUAUUUAUAUAGCGCCAAAUCACGACAAGAGUCGUCUCAAGGCACUUCACAUAAUAAACAACAGAACACCAUUGUAGCUUCUUCUGGGGAGAAAAACACUUAGAGAAAAAAUAAAGUUAACAGCUGAAAUAGCAGGAAAUAAUGCAGUUAAAGAGCAGAUUGUAGAAGAAAGUAGUGGAGUGUGGAAAGUGGUCAGUGUGUCCUCCAGCAGUGUAAAUAAGGCUAUUGAAGGAGCAUAGGAAUUAGCAAAACUUGUGAAGGUUUAUUGAAUUUUUUUAUGUUUAGAAUUUUUGACGUCCUGUCCAUGCAGAGCAUCCGUAUUUUAGUUACGUCAAGAGUGUAAGGUGCUACACAAGUGCGUUAUUUAUUAUGUAGGCUCCCUAUAGCUGCUAUUCUCUUCUGGUGUUCUUGCUUUACUAAAAUAUAUGUCUGUACUUAUUUGAUUGAUGGCAGUUUUUGCUUUUUAUUAGACUCCAAAUGUAAUUUGGCAAUUCAUAAUUUGUAAAAACAUAAUCAGUGAUAUUAGCAUUAGCAUCUCUAUGGGUUUUUCCAAGUAUAUUAGCAUUGUGCUAACCACUCACCGCCAGUCAAUAGCAGCCUUUGCAUUUAGAAAAUCUCCUUUUGUCACAUCACAAUUAAUGGUUCAGCCCUAUUUCUUAUCUGAGGCCAUGAGAAAAUCAUUUGUAACUUUCACUAAUGCAGUUUCAGUGCUGUGAUGCUCUCUAAAACCAGACUGAAAUUCCUCAAACAUAUUAGUGUUUAGAUGCUCACAUACUUGGAUGGCCACUAUGUUCUCAAGGACUUUGGAUAAAAAUGGAACGUUAGAUAUUGGUCUAUAAUUCAUUGGGUCAUCUGGAUCCAGAGAAGGCUUCUUAAGUAAAGGUUUGAUUACAGCAACCUUAAAAUCCUGUGGUACAUAUCCAUUUACUAAGGAUAGAUUGAUUAUAUCUAGAAUGGGGCAGUAACCAAAGGAAUGCUUCUUUAAAUAAUUUGGUUGGGAUUGGAUCUAAAAUGCAAGUUGAAGGUUUAGAUGAAGCUAAUAUUUUUGAUAACUCUGAAAGCUCAACUGGAUCAAAACGGUUCAAGCACAGAUGAGGUUCUACAGUCACCUCUGAUGCUGCCUCACUUACUGAGGAAGAAGAAAUCGCAUUAGGGAGAACGCUAAUGAUUUUGUUACUAAUAGAAUUUAUUUUACUCGUGAAAAAUCCCAUAAAGUUGUUGCUGCUGAGGGCUAAGGGAAUAGAUAGUUCAGAGCAAUGAUUCUGUGUAAGAUUGGCAACUGUACUGAAAAGAAAUUUAGGAUUAUUCUUAUUUUCCUCAAUUAGCAUUGAAAAAAAAGCAGUUCUAGCUUGUCGAAGCUUAUUUUUUAUAAAGCACAAUACUUAUUUUUCCAGGAUAAGUAGGACUCCUCCUGGUGUGUAGAGCGCCAUGUUUAAAUAUCGCUAAUUACGUUCUUACAAAUUAAGAAUUGCCAAAUUACAUUUGGAGUCUAAUAAAAAACAAAAACUGCCAUUAGUCAAAUAAGUAGACAUAUUUUAGUACAGCCAAAACACCAGAAGAGAAUAGCAGCUAUAGGGAGCCUAAAUGAUGCACACUUGUAUAGCGCCUUACACUCCUUUGACUGCCCUUGACGUAACUAAACUACGGAAGCUCUGCAUGGACAAGACACAUUUUUUUCCUGCAAAUAGAUCUUCACAAGUUUUGCUAAUACCUAUCCUUCAAUAGCCUUAUUUUACACUGCUGGAGGAUACACUGACAAUUUUCCACACUCAACUACUUUCUUCUACAAUCUGCUCUUUAGCUGCAUUAUUUCCUGCUAUUUCAGCUGUUAACUUUAUUUUUUCUCUAAGUGUUUUUCUUCCCAGAAGAAGCUACAAUGAUGUUCUGCUGAGCUGUGGUGGCCUCAUGGAGGGGGCCAUUGGCUAGCACACUGCUGCUAACCACUUAAUCAUUCUCCCUCUCCUGAUAAUAACAUUUUACUCUCUUUGACAUUGAAUGUGCUACUACUAGUUUAUCCUUGUUGUCCGUAUUUUUCUUUAAACAUCUUUGGCGUGUUCUUGCUGUGUUGAAAUUCUAAUUCCAUCUCUUAGUUCUUUUUAAAACAUAGAAAGGUUUUAUUUACCUGCAACGUUUCGUUUGCGGCUGCCGUUUAAUUAUAGAUUCACUAGGAUAAAUACAAUAAAGUUUAUCUCUCACCAAAUAGAAUUUUUACUAAGAAAUCACAAUAUAUCCAUAGAAACACUACUUGGUGUGUGUGUGUGUCUGCUCAGUCUUCUCCAUCCAUCCAGUGAGUCAUGGUGGAUGGCUGCUUAUACUAAGCCAGGAUCCUCAGGAGGUUUCUCACUCUUAAAAGGGAGUUUUCCUCUCCACUGUCGCUGCAUGCUUGCUUAGUAUGAGGAUUGCUGUAAAGACUCUGGCACUAAUCAGUGACUCGAUGCAACCUGCUGGAUUCCUUAUAUAGGAAACUUUUUACUGAUUAGCUUAAUGAACUGACCUGUACUGGAAUGUUUACUGUGUGAAGGUCCUUGAGACAACUCUGGUCCUGAUUUGGCGCUUUAUAAAUAAACUUAAUUGAAUUUAUUUAAAAGAUGCAACAGCGUUGUCAGAGACCGACUAUAGUAAAAUUUACUUUCAUGUCUUGAAAAAUCAGUUAUAUAAAACUCAAAGGUUAUCAAAAAGUAGUCCGAGAGGACUAGAUUAUAGGAAAAGAUCGUUAUUUCCUCACACUCUAUGCCAUAAGUCAGCAUAUGAUGGCAGGAGUGGGUGGAGCUGUGUAUUCUUUGGAUAAAACCAAUUGAGUCUAAGAUAUUACUAAAGGCUACAUUGAGGCUAUCACUUUCAAUGUCCACAUGAAUGUUAAAAUCCCCCACUACAAUGACCUUAUCAGUAUUUAGCACCAAAUCAGAUAAAAAAUCAGAGAUCUGAUCCAAAAACUCAGGGUAAGGGCCUGGUGGACGAUAUAAAACUACAAACGAGUGGUUUUACAGUUUUGCAAUCUGGAUUAGGAAAACUAAGAAUAAGACGUUCAAAAGAACUGUAACUAUUAAUUGGUAAGAGAUUGAUUAAUAGGUCUGAAUGGAAAAUGGUUGCUACUCCUCCUCCUUGCCCUGUACUUGGAGCAAUAUGAUGAUCUGAAUAAUUAGAAGGAGUUGACUCGUUUAAACUAACAUAGUUCUCUUGCUGCAGCCAGGAUUCUGUGAGAGAGAGCAAAGAGAUCUGAUGAUCACAAAUCAAGUCAUUAAAGUAUCUUUCCGGAGUUUUCUACUUUCCAAAAUUAUGUGUGUGUUUUUUCAGAAAUCCGUAAAAGUGACUAUUUUAUCAUGUACUGUGAUAUAUUUUAAGCAAUACGUCUUUUAUUUUUAGUUUUUUGCCAACCACGCCCCCUGCCCUGCAGAGCUCCGUGCAAUAGGAAACUGAGCGCCGACCAGAACUAACCAAUUGCGUUAGACUACUGCUUACCUGCUUCAAAUGUAAGGAAUACCUCGGCUGAUGCAGAGCUGAUGAACUUUUCACGGACAGGUAUGUCUCUAAAAUAUAAAUAUAUGAGAACACAACAUGACAUGAGAAUAAUAUUUGUAAACAUCGUAUUUUAGCUGUUUGUCGGCUAUAGAAGCCGCCAUCUAAAAAAAAACUGAGUGACAGACUUUUUGUGUGAUAUGCUUGUCAGCCACUAGAUGGUGCCAUCGGAUACUCCGGAAAGAGUCACUAACUAACAAAGUCUUAGAAAAAAUAGACCUAAUGUUCAAUAACCCACAUUAAAUUUUUCUAGUUUUCUGCUCAGUUGAAUUUGUUCUAAUAUUUAUGAGAUUUCCAUGAUUUGCUUUAUUAAGCCUGAUAUUUAAUCUGUGUGAUUUUGGCCGUGGGCAUGACACUGUCUCUAUGGGGUAGUGGGUGGGUCACAGCACUGAAGCUGCGGAGGGGUGUGUUAAACUACGACUCUGCUUCCUGUUCUGGACCCUGGGUUGUCAUUGAGGGUGACGGUGGCACAGGAGUAUUUAUCUUAUCCGAUGGCACCAUCUAGUGGCUGACAAGCAUAAAAAGUCUGUUAUGUUUGUUUAAGAUGAUGACUUCACGCUUCUGUUUAUAAAUGUGCUUCUGUAGCCGACAAACAGCUAAAACAUGUUGUUUUACAAGUAUUAUGCUCAUGUCAUGUUGUGUUCUCAUAUAUUUAUAUUUUAGAGACUUGUCCGUGAAAAGUUCAUCAACACUGCAUCAGCCGAGGUAUUCCUUACAUUUGAAGCAGGUAACCGGUGGUCUGACGCCAUCGUUUAGUUCUGGUCGACACUCAGUUUCCUAUUGCACGGAGCUCUGCAGGGCAGGGGGCGUGACUAGCAAAGACAUGAUAGGAUAAUCUUACAGAUUUCCGACUAAUCAUACAUCAUUUCUGAAAGGGGAAAAUGCUGGAAAGCAGCUUUAACUGCUCACCUUGUAAUCAGAAGGUUGCAGGUUCGAGCACCUGCUCAGGUUUUUCACUGUCGUUGUGUCCUUGGGCAAGACAAUUAACCCCCCCGCCUGCUGGGGGUGGUCGGAGGGACUAGUGGUGUCAGUUCGCCCCAGGGCAGCUGUAGCUACAUCGUAGCUUACCACCAGCAUGUGAAUGACUGCCUUGGGGGGGCCCUAGGACUCUAGAAGGCGUUAUAUCAGAUACAUUUACCAUGGUGGACUAAUAAAAUCAGCCAUGGUCCUAGAAAGAAGAGGGAUGGAUGCAGUCUCUUCACAUCAGAUAGGGUUUUCCCCAAAGGGUUUCCAAUUAUUAAUGUAGCCCACGUUGUUUUCAGGACAGCUAGUAAAGAGCUAGCAUGUAUUCUUAUAGCUCCAUCUUAAGAUUCUACAAACCCCCCAAGGUGCUUCACAACACAAUAAUUCACCCAUUCACAUGCUGGUGGGGAUGAGCUACCAUGUAGCCACAGCUGCCCUGGGGCGCACUGACAGAGGUGCCACCAGCAGGUGAGGUGGGUUAAGUGUCUUGCCCAAGGACACAACAGCAGCAUUCUGUGGUUAGAGAAUCGAACCUGCAACUGGACAACUCACUGUACCUCAGCAGUCAAACACAUACAGUUUAAAACCUUUGUGGUGUCUUAGAUGUGGCCUGGGUUAUUCUGGGUAUGCUGUUGAUGUUAUCCUCGGCAGGUCCUACAGCGAUGGCUACAGAUGCCACGGAGAACAUGAACGUUACCGUGACCUGGAAAUGAUUCAGCUGAAUAACACAGGUGUUCUGUGGUAUAUAGCCAGAAACGUUUCAUCACUUACCCCUCCAUCAUAUCGUAACUCGACCCUUGAUCUUCUAUGACAUCACAUCAGGAGACACAAAAUCAGAAACCUAGAUUCAGACUCAAAUAUAGAUCAGAAACAUAAUCAUCUACUAGUUCUUUAGAUACCCCAAACAGUUCUUUUAACAUGAACUGUGGAGAAACUGAAGUUAAAGGUUCGUUCCUGAAAAGCCCUUUGGGCUACGGCCCCUACCUUGGUGGGCGGGGCAACACUGGCAUGACCUGACCUCCACUGGUGUCUGUCUUUCAGACAUGUUUUAUCAGGAUCCCCUGGUUGACCUGAGACAGUCGUUCAACCGUGCCCACACUGGUGGUGACACACAGCUGCAGGCUAGGGCUUGAACCUGCAACCCUCCGAGUACAGGGCAGCCACCUAACUCUUCUGCCAGCAUCACUUCGUUGUCAGUUAACAAUACUUUUGGGUAGACAUGUUAUUGUAAUCAGUUAUGUACACAACAAUAAGAUAUUCAAUAAUUAUACUUAUUAGAGCACUUGAGCCAUUGCUCCACAUUCUUCUCAAGAUGCCCAUGCAGCAAUGGACUGUCGGUAAUACCCUUCACUGACAUGCAGAUCAAGGGUGCAAGAGGGGCGGAGCCAAGGUCCACACUAAUCAGGACAUCUUGUGCACUCACCCCCGGGAAAGGGAACGCAAUGUGGAAGUGUGAGUUUUGACAAGACCGAGAUCACUCGAUCAUUCAGCUUUUCAUCCUGAUCCCUGUGAGACAUCUUAGUGUUGAUUUCUGCAGCUUUUAUUGUGAAAUAUCACGUUCCUUCCUCCGUCUGAACCCUGCAUUCAGGUGAAUCAUCACAGCAGAGAUCCAGCAACCUACAACUCAUCGCUGUCCUUUAGUGUUGGGGUGCUGACAACGUGCACACAGAACUAAUGUGUAAUGUGGGCUAACGUAGGAAUAAAAGAAAAGACCUGC